UGCUCCGCGCACUUUCCUCUGAGCACGUCCCACUCCCGCGUCCCGCGAGGCACCCCCAAUUCGUCGGUUCUGGUCCCGGGGAUGGAAGGAGCCCGCCUCUACAGCCCUGCAGGAACCCCGAGUGGGCGGGCACGCGCAGCCUGACCCGCCGUCCUCGCCGAGCGGCCCAUGCGCGCGUCCCCGCGGGCGGGCCGCGGACGUGAGGACGUCGAACGGCCGCGCCUGUGCGCCGUUGCUCGGGUCCGCGCCAGUCGCGCGCGCGCGCGCGCUCCCGCAGCUGCGCCGGCCGCGCCCGCCCCGCCUCUCGGCGCCGGCCCGGGAGCCUGGUCCGCGACCGGCGGCGGCGGCCAGAGGGACGAUGAGCGGCGCGACGCGAGCGGGCCCAGCCCGGCUCGCCGCGCUCGCGCUGCUGACCUGCAGCCUGUGGCCGGCGCGGGCGGACAAUGCGAGCCAGGAGUACUACACGGCGCUCAUCAACGUGACAGUGCAGGAGCCCGGCCGCGGCGCCCCACUCACGUUCCGCAUUGACCGCGGGCGGUACGGGCUCGACUCGCCCAAGGCCGAGGUCCGCGGCCAGGUGCUGGCCCCGCUGCCCAUCCACGGAGUUGCUGAUCAUCUGGGCUGUGAUCCUCAAACCCGGUUCUUUGUCCCUCCGAAUAUCAAACAGUGGAUUGCCUUGCUGCAGAGGGGAAAUUGCACUUUUAAAGAGAAGAUAUCUCGGGCUGCUUUCCACAAUGCCGCUGCUGUGGUCAUCUACAAUAACAAGUCCAAAGAGGAGCCGGUCACCAUGACUCACCCAGGCACAGGGGACAUCAUUGCCGUGAUGAUCACGGAGCUGAGGGGCAAGGACAUUCUGAGUUACCUGGAGAAAAACAUCUCUGUGCAGAUGACGAUCGCCGUCGGGGCUCGGAUGCCACCAAAGAACUUCAGCCGAGGCUCCCUCGUCUUCGUGUCCAUAUCCUUCAUUGUUCUGAUGAUCAUCUCCUCGGCGUGGCUCAUAUUCUACUUCAUCCAAAAGAUCAGAUACACAAAUGCGAGGGACAGGAACCAGCGUCGUCUGGGAGAUGCAGCCAAGAAAGCCAUCAGCAAGCUGACGACCAGAACGGUGAAGAAGGGCGACAAGGAAACAGACCCGGACUUCGACCACUGCGCCGUCUGCAUAGAGAGCUACAAGCAGAAUGACGUGGUCCGGAUCCUCCCCUGCAAGCACGUGUUCCACAAAUCCUGCGUGGACCCCUGGCUCAGUGAACACUGCACCUGCCCCAUGUGCAAACUCAACAUCUUAAAGGCCCUGGGAAUUGUGCCCAGCGUGCCGUGCACCGAGGGCGCUACAUUCGACAUGGAGCGGCUCGCCCGCGCCCAGGCGGCUCACCGGCGGCCGGCCCUUGGCGACCUGGCCAGCGAUGCCUCCCUGGGCCUCGAGCCCCUUCGAGCUUCGGGGACCUCGCCUCUUCCUCAGGACGGGGAGCUCACGCCCAGAACAGGGGAGAUCAACAUUGCAGUAACAAAAGAGUGGUUUAUUAUUGCCAGUUUUGGCCUCCUCAGUGCUCUCACACUCUGCUACAUGAUCAUCAGAGCCACAGCUAGCUUGAAUGCUAAUGAGUGGUCACUUCUUUCAUCGGAGCUCUUUGUCCCCUCGGAGUCUGGCGUAUGAAAGUGAAUUCUCCACACUCGAGCCUUCCUUGGACAUGUACGAUGAGAACAAAACCUGAUUUUUUUAAACGGGCCAUCUGGGCUCACCUCUUUUGUGAUUUGAUGUAUGAUCACCUUUCUUAAUGUGUACUCUUCUGUCAGCGUCCGUUUUGGAAGAAUGGCAGCACUUUCCAAGCUCAGGUUCAGGCUCGGGGUUAAAUUGCAAAGGUGAGGCUCUGAGGACAGCCUUAUUGCCCAAGUGACCUGGUGGCACCUAAAACCCGUCCAAAGCUGACGACUGUACAUGGGCCCCAACAAGCCUGGUUGUUUGCAGAGAAGAGGAGGCCCAGGGGUUCAUGUUGCAUCUCAAACUCUCUCUAAAUAAUCCCAGGCUGUCUGUGUCAGGGCGACAUUGGCGUUUUUGAUACCUUUGUGCUCCCCACUUAGCGACGCACACUGACACCCUCAGGCAUGCUUCUCACCGAUGCGGGCACGAGUUGCUGCUACGUGGCCCACUCCAUGUUUUCCUGUCUCUCGUUCUACUUCCCGUUAAAGGGCAUCUUUCUAAAGUUCCUGCGAGGCCUUGCCUUUUGUCCCUCCCCUGAGACUGACCACCCAACACACCCAGAUGGGGCUGCAGGUGCACUGUGCAGGGUAGGCGGUUGUCCACAUUGUCACAGAGCGUGAUAUAAGGUGAUGUGUGCUUGUGUGACCACUGACACACUGAAGGACUUUCCCUGAGACCUGUGGACUUAUUAGCUCAGCACCACCGAGGCGUGUGGGGACAUGGCACCCAGGAGGCCAGCCUGGCAACGAUCUCAGGGUGACAGUCAGUGGGCAUCAAACUCAGAACGGUUCCUAGCGCUUUCCUGAGCAGAUCACACCACCUCCCUGCUGUGAGACACCAGAUGAGCACCUGCUUUAGGCUUCGCUGGGCCAGCCCAGCGCCCCCCUGCCAGCCUCAAUGUCAGCAUGAAGAAGGCACAGGAGCUUACAGAACAAGGUGGCAGCCAGCGCAGGGCACACCCGGGACAACAUCAAUUUAACAUCACAAGAAUUGUGUGUCUUAAGAGUAAUCCCAGCACGGAACCAUGAUGAGCAAAUUUAUGAAACAAAUCUGAGCACCCUUUUUGCUCGAGGACACACCCUAGUUCAGCAUACGUCUCCUAGUGACCGGAGCUGCAGCGAGGUGUGAAUGAAUGUGCUCGGGCCCUCCUGUCCUUGUUAUGAGAAUGGAAACCUCAGUCUCCAUCAGUCAAGAGUGCGACCCGCACAAACCAUGCAGCCCUGGUGUCCCCACCCCGCUGUUUUCAUUGACUCUGUGGGACAGAAGCUUGAAGGGAACCCUUGCCCUUUUCCAUGUGCACUGGCUUCUCUUUAACAGCAUCUCUGUUCUCGAUCUGUGGCCGAGACGCCCAGACAUGGCCAUGCCCGGGAGAGAACCCCUGCCCCUCCCCGCGACCCGGGCUGGCCACAGCCUGCAGGGCCACCACCUCGGCCUGGCUGUGAGUGCUGGGUUUUUAAUCAUAAGAAGCCAGAACCGUGCAGAUGUUGAAGGUCUUGGCAGCUUUCUGUUUUAGCCUUUAACCAAGGGCUUUUUCUUUUUACAGUCUUUGAACUAUAAAAAUAUUUUUGAUAAAAAACAGUUUCAAGAGAGCACUGUUCAGGACACAUCUGCCACUGGUGUCGAGGAGAUUCAACUCAGCCGCCCGCAGGGCCUCCAGACUCUGCACCUGGGCACUGCUGGGUGCGGCCCCUCCCACAGGGCGGAGGGCAGGUUCUGAUCACGUGGUCCCCACCACGCCCGUGCUUUCCUGAACCAGAGCUCACAUCCCCGCCUGGCGUUUUUUUCAGACCUGUGCAGACUUACACAAGCAAUUGCAGUCAAUACCACUCGGGACAUUAUUGAAAAGAAAUGAAAUCACUUGAGAAGAAAUUUAAAGCCUACUUAUUGAUAUAACAUUGGAAUUUCUGGUAAAUCUAGGGCACACAUUCCUUAGAAUAACUAAGCAGGCAUUUCUUCCAGGGAGUUCACUCAGAAUGGCGCCUCGGAGCCCAGCUCAACACCCUUGCCUGGGCAGCGGGGCCGCACUCCUCCUGUUCAGCCACAUAACGCCCUGCCUUUGGCAAGAGGGACAGGAACUUCUCCAUGAAGGUCAUAUGCUUGGGGAGCAGCGAGGGGGCACAAUUUUUCUCUGCUGGCAGCUGUGCCCAGGCGAGGUCUUCCACCUGGACAGCCCCCCAGCGCCCGCUCUCCGGGCAUCGCUGCGUGGGAGCAGCUUGAGGUCCGAGCUGCAGAGUUAACUGGCCAGGCAGACGUGGCCAGGGGUGCGGAGAGGCGCUUUUCCCGCCUUGCAUGAGCAUCUCCGCAGCUGCCAGUCUCCCAGCCACCGUGGUUAUUGCCCAGAAAUGCAUGAUGACUCUGGCAGUUUUGGGGAGUGUGCUGGGAACUGUGUGAGGACUGCUCUGAGCCGGGCUCCACGGGUGUGGAACCAGCAGCAGGGCCACAGGGUGCACAUGAACCGGAGUCUGGAGCAGCCAGGAGUUGGGUUGUGAAGCUAAAAUGCAAACGCCUACCAUUUGGUGAUUUUUAACUUCCUAAGGGAACAACUUCCCAUAUCCCUCCUUUCCCGUCAUAUCAGGGGAAGAGGAGAGGAGGCUGGCCAGAAAGCAGCCCCGCUGUCAGUGUGAGGAGGGCCAGGACUGGGGCAGCCUAUUGGCAGCCAUGGUAGUGGGCAGUGUGUCUGUCCAGGGCUGCCUGCCUCAGCCUCCUUGGGGGAAUAAUACAGUUUCCACCGAGAGGUGGUUAAGAACACCUUGCACAGUCUGUUGAUCCCCACUUGUGAAGAAAGGCUCCUUCCCUGCCCCCUACUGGCUGGGCUCAGACACCGUCCACCAGGUGCCUCCCUAGACACCUGCAAGCCGCCCCAGUGCCUGCAGCAGCCCAGCUUCCAAAGCUGUGGUUGCAAAGGGUUUCAACAAAAUGAGAUUACUAAAUUCAACCAGCUGGCUGUUUUCCGUGGGCUUCAUGUGUUCUUCUCAUGCUUUUGUAACCCCUCAUAUCCAGUUCUUUCCUUGAUCUACAUGCUAAACGAGACUGGUUUUAACUGAAGAAAAAUCAGGAUGUUGCCUUGCCGUCAGCCUCUGUCCUGCAGUAUUUCUGCCAUAGGAAAGCAAGGCGGCAGUGUCAUGUCGGGCCGCCUGGCAAGUGGGUGCUGUUCGCAACAGUCACGAAACAAAAAUCAGUUUCCAGGAAGUAGGGUUUAGAAGGGAACAGGCAGAAUUACAGGACUGAUUUGGUCAGCGACCUUCACCAGGAUCUCACUGUGUGCGGGACACAGACACUUGGAGCCGUGGACCCUGUGACUGUUAAGACUGUGGCUGUUACAGGAAACUGGCCCACUCCCGCCUAGCUAGGGUGAGAGACCAGAUGAGAUGAGGGAGGGCCGUGAAGAGAGGGUUCCCGAGGCACAGGUGGAGGGCACAGUGUGGCCUGGAGCACCUGAGGUGCUAGGAACGCAACCCCUCCAGUGAAGGCACCUAAGGGGGCUUGAGAGGGCAAAGGUAUGGGUGUCACCUGCUAGUCAGGGGAGCUUUGCUAUGGGGAGGGCCCAAAUCUUUGCUGGGAGAGUGAGCAGGGUGGGUGCCUGGGGGCUGCAGCCUGCCUUCAGGGCCAGGCAGAGCAGAAAACUUCACAGUCGGGCCCCUGGCUGGGGUCUGACUGAACGUGGAAAAGGAGGGAGCCACCAGAUUGAAGCAGGUGAUGGGGUGGGUGUCGGUGGGACCCAGGGAGAGCCCUCGAGGGCACCUAAGGGCUCAGACUGGCAGUGCCUCUAGAGGGGCAGGCAGAUGCAGCUCAGGGUCUCCAGCAGCGGUGGGGGGGUGAGGGGGAAUGAGCAGGCCACAGCCCCUCUGGGCAUCAGAGUUCCUGGGAAGCUGUUCUAAAUGUGCCCAUCACUGGUCCUGCCAAGGCAGUCUCCGUGUGGUUGCAGUCCCUCAGGUGCCCCACCCCUCCACCCUCUCCCUCUCCCUCUCCCUCUCACAUACACAGUACGUACACAGACUCCCCUUCCCCCACACACACACUGGAGUCAGAGCCCCAGAGUGAGAGUGUAGCAGGCCUGGGGCACUCCUACUUUGGAUGGUGGUGGAAGCCAGAGCAGGAUGAUGAUUGCCCAGGGACCUGAGAGCCAGACCUGUGGUGAGGCCCUGGGGAGGCUGCUGGUGGGGCUGGAUAGUGGAGCUGCUGACAGCAGCAGAUGUAGGAAAACCUCAGAGUGUAAUCUCCCCAUUCAGGAAAGGGGCCACUCUGGGCCAAGGCCAGAGCAGCUGGCCCUCACCUCCCCCAACAAACCAUGGGGAUCAUGCUCAGCAUUUGCUCCCAGCCCCACACAUGAGUGAGGGUGACCAUUACAACACACGCCAUUUAAAAUCAGCACCUUCCCUGUUAAGGGUAGUUGUUACCAGUGAGGUGCAUGUAGUUUUGCCUCUUUUUUUGGCCUCAUGAGUAAAUUGUUCCAAAGCCCACUGGCCUGAUGGUGAGUGCUGAGUAUGCGUAAUCAUGCACCACCCUGGACCCCUGUGGUUGGGCCCCCCAGCAGGACUGGAAAAGCCUUCCGUAGGUAAGAGCAGAGAAUGCACUGAAGGACCGGCCUGGCAGUGGUGCCUGUGCUGCGCCUGCGUGGAGUUCUCCAUCCCCUGGUAUCUCUGCGAGCAGAGUUUCUCCACCUGGUGCUCCAGGUCCCCAGCACACACCCAUCUCUCCAAGGCCUGGGUGAAGGGGUGCUGACAUGGGGUCAGGAGCCCCCUUGUGGCCAUGGACUCCUCCAGGAUGUCUGUCAAGUCUGGAGGUUUGCCCUCCUCCUUAAGGGUAUCUGUCUUAGGUGAUCCCAACAAACUGAGUCUCAGAGAGGAGAGACCAGUGGGUCCCCAGACACAGGGUGAAAGUCACUGGCAUCUUCUGGAGCUGCAUGCCAUGAGCCUCAAGGACCCUGGAGGGGAAGAGGGGCCCUCAGCCUCGGCUGCUAAAAGGACGAUAUCCAUGUAUCUGCACCCAAACUUGUGGAGCUCCUAGUCCGUGACCUGGGACUCAUCUGGAGUUUCCCCUCUUGUGGCUCACCCUGGUUCAUGCCAUUUUCUCUUUUAUUCACUCUGAUGGGGAAGAAGGAAGAUACUGUCCAACAAACAAAAACAACCUCAUGCAACUUGAGUAUUAGGCUUUCAGAGGGAUUUCAUGAUGAAAAUGCUCAGGCCUCCAUGCCGGGCUCUCUGUUUCUCCUGGGAAUCUUCUGAGGGGUACCCUGGAGAUCGGGAUUGGGAGGGGCCCAGGCCUGUCUGGCAGCCUGGCAAGACUGGCUUUCCCAGAGGCCGCAGGCCUGACAAAGCACUGCCAGUGCCAAGGGCAGGCAUGCUGCCUAUGCAGGAGCCUGGGGAGCAGCCCGGCUCAGCAGGAGGUGCCUUCCUAAACCACGCACCUCCUCCUGGGAAAAGCCCAUGGCCAGAGCAUGUCGUGAGCACCCUUAUCUUGGCUGCACAGAGCUUUAUCCCCGGACGUGGCUCCCAGGGCCCUCAGUCUGCUUUAAUGCUGCCUGCGGUGGUCCUCAUGGGCAUGCCACACAUCUGGCGAGCCUGGCAGGCCCUCCUCAGCUCCUGAUCCCCGAGGCAGGGAUCACCCUCUCUCUCCAGCAACCUCUGCAACUAUUGGCAACAGUCAAGAGCUACGGAUGACUGUUCUGAGCUAUUUAUAGAUUUUUAACCCAACACACAAAGUAAAUUUUAAGUUGCUUUCAGAAUUAUCCUUCAUCCACAGCUAAGUCCAUGCAUGUCUACACUGUGUGAGGUCAGAGAAUGUUUCUAGUGACUGGGAGGUACUAAGCCAAGAUAUCUGUAAACAUGAAAAGUUGGUGCGGGGGGGGGGGGGGCAGGGGGUGGUGAACGGAAGGUCCAGCUGUUUCUUUCCCUCAGCUCAUGAAGCUGUUCCCAAAUAGAAAGGCCACCUGGCCAGUGACCGCUAGCAUGCCGUGUGAACCAGGUUGCCAGGUGUGUGUGCUCCAGGGCCUCAGCUCCUUCCGUGGGCGCCCAGCCUGAGAGGACACAGGCCGUCCCGGAGGGAGGUGCCCUGCACCGGCCUCCGUUGUCUCAGCUAAGAAUCAGAAGCAGGGUCUCCUCCCCAGCGGCAGUGGCUCUAGGGAAACGACCAGUGUGAUUUCAGAAACAGGAAAGCACUUAAGCUAGGAAGUGCUGUUGGGGACCUGGGGAACACAGUCACCAAAUGGGGCAGCCCUGUUCCUGUGCAAGAGAAGGAGUCAGUCCAAACAUGAAGCCACAGGUGUCACAACUGUUCUUGACCUGCAGCAGCUUUUGUACUCGUAUCAAACAUUAAAGUUGCCCCUUUCAUACUUGGGUCACUCAAAGGGCGCCUCGCCCUCUGGGUUCCCGCUGACUAUGCAUAGUAUCUCAGUAUCUCAGAGGAUGGCAUGCAGCUGUUUUUCUGACUGCAUGUGGACAAUUCGGGGUGGGGAGGCUGGGGUAUAUCUGAAUGUGGCAAAUGGCUUCACUUCCACCUUGAGUGAUGAGAGGGAAACUACACGCUUGAAUUUUAAUCCACCGUUGGCUAGUUUGUGCCAGAAAGAACACACAUCAAAGAUCCAAGGUGCAAAAUUGAUCAUUAGCUUAAUUUGGGGGCUCACUGUAGGGGAGUUACCUUGUCCAAAACACAUACCUGCAAUAGACUGUGAGCUGACUUCUUGGCAGUCGGAUCUUUUAAGCCCUUUAAAAGGUUCUGGGCAGCACAACCUCUAGGUCCAAAUGGUUGAUGUAAGUAUAAUAUAGUAGUGAAAUUGUAUGGUAUAUAUCUAUAUGCCAGUAGUGUAUACCUGUAUGUGGGAUUUGCUAAUAUAACCAUUUCAAUAAAAACCAACUGAAAAGCC